AUGACCGAAUACAAGUUCUACUAUUUUAAUGGACGUGGUUUGGGAGACGUUUCCAGACAGCUUUUCGCCCUUUCUGGAACACAAUUCGAGGACGUUCGUAUCGAGAAUGAUCAGUGGCCAGCUCUAAAGGAAAAGAUGCCUUUCGGACAAAUGCCUGUUUUGGAGUUGAAAUCAUCCGGACUUCAAAUCCCACAAUCGAUGGCUAUCGCUCGUUAUCUUGCCAACAAAUUCGGGUACGCUGGAAAGACACCAGAAGAAGCUGCACUUGCCGACGCUCUCGUCGAUCAAUUCAAGGAUUUCUAUGCGGAAAUCAAACCGUACUACUACGGAAAAUUGGGAGUUAUCCCAACGAACACUGAAGCUGAGAAGACAAAGACGCUGAUUCCAGCAAGAGACAAGUUUUUGGCGAUCAUCGGAAGGUUCCUUAAAUCCAGCAACAGCGGAUUCUUGUUCUCCGGUGGACUGACUUAUGCUGAUUUGAUGAUCUGUGACAACAUGAGAAGUCUCAUUGGAUGGUGGCCAGAGUAUCUGAACGGAUUCCCAGAAAUCAAGGCCUGGUACGACAAGGUUGACAGUAUUCCAGAGAUUCGCAAGCAUUUGGCAGCUCACGAAGACAAGGGAUUCUAA